UCUCUCCGGGCAGCUGGGGGAUUUCCUGGGCGGAAGCAGCGGAGGGGGUUUCCAGUGUGAUCAGCCCAGUCCUCCCCGCUGGAUCUCGGAGUCUGGAUCCCACUGAACUUCUCUCUCCGUGGACUGACAGAACCGACGAAACCCGGAGAACCCUGAGCCCGAACCGGACCAUGAGGAGUCCGCCUGAGGCCCGGACGCUCCACGGCAGCGGCAGGUCGACGGUUUGAAUCCCGGAGAGAGUCCGCCGAGCCGAGGAGCCGCUGAGCCGCCGAGCUGUGGCCUGCGGAGGAGAUUCAUGUCAUGUCAGCGGGGAGGAGUGCUGACGGGAGGGAGGUGCAGAUUCCCCUCCAGCAGGUGGCGCCCUCCCUUAUCCCGCCCCUCUCAGCAGCCCCUCCCAUCACCCCGCCCUCUCACCGCCCAGCCAAUCCCUGGCCUCUGAUCGAGUCCGCAGCCCAACAAGGUGUGCCUGCAGGUUUCCUGCCUCUGCAUGGAGGAUUCAGAGAUCAUUUUGUAGAAACUCCAGAAGCCAAAUACUGCUGCGAGGCCUGCAGGCUGGUCCUGUGUCAGCCCCGGCAGACCGAGUGUGGCCACCGCUUCUGUCAGAGCUGCAUCAACGACAUCCUCAGCCAUCAGAACCCGAUGUGUCCAGCUGACAGGGAGCCUCUGUUUAAAGACAAGAUCUUCAGAGACGUUUGCUGCCAUCGGGAGAUCAUGGCGCUGAAGGUUUACUGUCGCAGCGAAGCAAACGGCUGUCAGGAGCAGAUGAGUCUGCAGCAGAUACCUGACCACCUGAACGUGUGUCCGUUCUUUGAGGUUCCCUGUCCGCUCGGUAAAUGUAAGGAGCGAAUGAUGAGAAAGGAGAUUCCCGACCACCUGAGCUGGAAGUGUAAACACAGAGAGACCACCUGCGAGUUCUGCGCUACCAAGAUGCCCUUGACUGACCUGCAGAAACACAAAGAGACAGUUUGUCCAGCGUUUCCAGUGUCGUGUCCCAACCACUGUUCGUUCUCCUCCCUGCCCCGGAGCGAGCUGUCGAGCCACCAGCACGACUGUCCCAAAGCUCAGGUCAGCUGUCAGUUCCACCGCUAUGGCUGCACAUUCAAGGGUUUGAACCAGGACAUGAGGCAACAUGAGUCCACCUUCGCAGCUGAACACCUGAGAAUGAUGGCCAAUAGGAACUGCUCGUUAGAGAACAAGAUGGAGGAUGUGAAAGGUGAGCUGAUGGAGAGGUACAAGGUGCUUCCUGCUCUCAGCAGCCGACUGUCCGAACUGGAGAACCAGAACGAGGAGCUGCGAGAAAAGAACCGGCAGAUGGAGCAGAAACUGGCCACCAUGCAGAAACUAAUGAGCUCUCACUCAGAGAAGCUGCUGGAGGUGGAGCUGGAGCUUCGUUCCCUCCGUCUGCUCAGAGACGAGGUGGAGAACCUGCGAGGAACCCUGGAGAACGUCCGGACGAGGCUCAGCGCCCUGGAACAAGGAGGACGCAGCGGAAGUGGAUCCACGACACACACUCUGGCCUCCCUGGAGAAUCAGCUCAGUCGCCACGACGACAUGCUGAGCGUCCACGAGAUCCGAUUGGCCGACAUGGACCUGCGCUUCCAGGUGCUGGAGACGGCGAGCUACAACGGGACUCUAAUCUGGAAGAUCCGCGACUACAAGAGACGGAAACAGGACGCCGUGGCGGCCAAGACGCUGUCGCUGUACUCGCAGCCGUUUUACACCGGAUACUUCGGCUACAAGAUGUGCGCUCGAGUUUACCUGAAUGGAGACGGGAUGGGCAAGGGCACGCACCUGUCGCUGUUCUUUGUGGUGAUGAGGGGCGAGUACGACGCCCUGCUGCCCUGGCCCUUCAAACAGAAGGUGACUCUGAUGCUGAUGGACCAGGGCUCCUCCAGGAAACACCUGGGCGACGCCUUCAAGCCUGAUCCCAACAGCAGCAGCUUCAGACGUCCCAGCGCAGAGAUGAACAUCGCCUCCGGCUGUCCUCUGUUUGUGUCUCAGAGCGUCCUGGAGGCCGGCAGCUACAUCAAAGAUGACACCAUCUUCAUCAAGGUUACCGUGGAUACCUCUGACCUUCCUGACCCGUGAUGUCAUGAUCAUGCUGACCUCUGACCUCAGCUGGUCUGAGAAUAGCUUGCCAGUCCACGUCCAGCAGAGCAAAGGAUGAUGGGAAGGAUCAGUGAUGGUGGAGGCUCGUCUGGCUGAAGCGACGGCGACACAACAGUAGAAGAGCAGACUGACGGGAAGCAGCCAAUCAGAGUGAACUUUACCAAGACCGGAGGGUGCAUCAUCAUCCGAUUGGCUGGUGGACUACAGAACUCUGUGUGUGUGUGCGUGCAUGUGUGAGUGUGUGUGAAUGGAUCAGUGUUGCUAUGAUGUCACCAUAGUGACAUCACUCAGAGCCAACAUGGCCGCCACAGUGAGGACGUUGUUGCUGCUCAUUACUGAUGCUGUGCAUCGAGCUUUACUUACUGUUUAUUACCCGUUUACCGAGGCAUGCUGGGAAUUCCACCACAGCCACAGAGGAGCUCAGAAGACCAGUACAGACCAUUACAGACCACCAGGACCCAGUAAAAACCAGUAAAGAGCAGUAUGACUUAAAACCAGUCAAAUCCAGUUGAAACCAUUUCUAGAGACAACAAAGUGAACCUGUUAAAGAACCCAGUAGACACCACACAAGACCAGCCUGUUCCAGUAUAAACCAGUAGAGACCAGUAAGACACAGAACAAACCACACAAGACCAGCUAGAUUCUGUACAAACUACACAAUACCAGCUAAACCAGUUUACACCAGUGAAAGCUAGUUAGACACAAGAUGAACCAGUAAGGAGCAGUUAUACCUACUGUAAACCAUUAGAAACCAUAUAAGAGUGGUACAGAUCAGUAACAUUCAGCAGAAACAGUUUUCAGAAGAAUCAGCUGAAGUAAAGUGACAGUUGAUGGGUUAUCAGUUCCCACCGAUUAUUGAUUGUGUUUGUGAAGUUUAACGUGACUCUGUUUGUGUCAUUUGUCAGGAGAAUCUGCUGUUCCAAAGCCAGCCUUCACUGUUUGUGUUAACUCAGUCAACGAGUUCAACUAGUUCCUGUCACACUGACUAGCUUCUGCCAGGUUAACUAGUUUCUGUCAGACUGACUAGUUUCACUCCCAAUAACUUGUUUAUGUGAGACUAACUAGUUUCUGUCAACCAGAUUAACUAGCUUAGUCUGACUAGUUUCUGUCAGGCUAGCUAGUUUAUAUGAGAGUAACUGGUUUCAAACUGGUUAGUGGUAGUAAACUAUAGUUAAUAAUUUACUAGCAGCUGUAAGUCCUCAUGCUAAACUGUUGGGUUAGGUAAGAUUAAGUUGGUUGGUUGACUUUUAAACAGGUCAGAAAUGACCAGAGUAGUUUAGCACCAGUUUGUGGUGUUAACCUGUUUAACAGCUAGUUAACGUUGACUAUUUGAAGUGACAGUUUGACAGUCCAUCCUCAGACUGGAUCACAGUUGAGCCUGAUAAAGGAGUUUUCUGUGUUUAAGUGAAGGACUAGUUAAGGCUUGAAAGGUGACCAUUGACCACUGACAGGAAGGCUGCAAGUCUCCCGGUUAACGGACCUGAUGUCCUGACGUGAACAAAUCCAGACGAAACAGACGUAGAGAGACAGAACCAGCAGCACAGCACAGUCCAGUCCAGCUCCUCUGUGGCCUCGGUGAGUUUUUCAGUGUUGACACAAUUUGUCCGACUCGUUCGAUUCAUUUGCACAGUUUGAAUGUUUCAAUGUACAAAUAAAAAACUGACAGAAAA